AAUAUUCAGAAAUUUUAUGGAGCUAACGGAACGUAGCAUGAUUUGAUUUGUUAGUAUUUUGUGUAUUGUGUAGAUGGCGCACCAAACUUGUAAACUGCGUAUGCCGAACUGACGUUUUUGGUUAUUUUUGUUCUCGCCUCGUGUUUACUUUAGUGUCUAAUUUCGGUACAAUUGCGAAAAUUCUGUUGUGCAACACUCGUAAGGAUAAUAUUUUUGUUCAUAGACGGCAUCACCUUUCGGAAUAGUAUCGAUCCAUAGUUCCGGACUAGGUAUAUGUAUACAGUUCUAUCACGUGGUGGUGUGGUGGUUUAUAUAAUUCUUGUUUACCGCACAAGUCGAAACUUUGCGCAUGUGCGUUCCGUCAGUAACCUCAAAUUGUAGAGUAGGCACGGAUUCGGCAGGCUCCGGAUAUCCGGGUCGCGACGCGAAGGUGGCUGUUCUUGCAGCGGGUUUGUGAUGUGCCCUCGUGCAAGUCGUACACGCCCCGCGAGUGGAAAGCGUUGGUGAUACAGUACGCGCGUGCCAGAAAUGGCUCAGACUCAGUUCACGCGAAGCUCCGAGAGCGACGCAUGGGCGCUCCUGUCCCUGAAGACGCCCCCGUCACCGUCGAAGGUGCAGUGGGCACAGGAGCCGGCUCCGAUUGCCAUCGCGCGCCUCGACGGUCGUGAUUUCGAGUAUAUCAUCCGGCAGAAGCGAGUAGUGAUAGGCCGGAACUCGAGUCGCGGCCAAGUGGACGUCAACAUGGGACAUUCUAGUUUCAUAUCUCGCCGGCACUUGGAGCUGUUUUACGAUCACCCGGAGUUCUACCUGACCUGCAACAGCAAGAAUGGCGUCUUGGUGGACGGCGUGUUCCAGCGGAAGGGCUCCGCCGCGAUGCUGCUCCCAAAGAGAUGUACCCUCCGUUUCCCUUCCACGAACAUCCGGCUAGAGUUCCAGUCGCUGGUGGAGGAGAGCGGCGCCGGCAACAGCUCCGGCGCGCCGCUCGUGCCCCUCCGCAUCGCCAUACCCAUGGACAACGACGCCCGCAGCCCCGCACCCUCGCCUACGGGUACGAUAAGUGCAGCGAAUAGCUGUCCAACGUCGCCGAGAGGGGCCGGCUCGUCGGGCCGACGGCACGCUGACCUCGGCCUGGUCGCGCAGUACGCGGCGCUGGCAGACCACCAGCGACCCACCAACGGCACUGCGGUGUCGUCGACGACCUCCGAGUCGGGCUACAGCAGCCGUGACGUUCGCGACUCGCGCGACUCCCGAGACGUGCGCGACGACGCCAAGCCCCCUUACAGCUACGCGCAGCUCAUAGUACAGGCCGUGGCUUCAGCGCCCGACAAGCAGCUCACACUCAGCGGCAUUUAUAGCUACAUCACCAAGCACUACCCGUACUACCGCACCGCGGACAAAGGCUGGCAGAACUCCAUACGUCACAACCUGUCGCUCAACAGAUACUUCAUUAAAGUGCCGCGCAGCCAGGAGGAGCCGGGGAAAGGCAGCUUCUGGCGCAUCGAUCCUCAAAGCGAGGGCAAGCUCAUAGAACUCGCCUUCCGUCCGCGGCGCCCGCGCGGCGUGCAGUUCCGCGCGCCCUUCGGCCUCUCCUCCAGGAGUGCGCCGACUUCCCCCUCUCAAGUGGGCGUCUCCGGCCUGGUGACGCCCGAAGAACUGUCGCGGGAGCCCACGCCCGAUCUAUUGCACGAAGAACACGACCAUCAGUCUUCGCAGCAGCAGCAGCGGCUUGGCUCGCAGGCGCAACAGUAUCUGUUUCCGCGCACAAGCGGCGUCAGCCAAAGCGCGCCCGGCUCGCCAGAUUUCAAUACUCAUUCAGGUCACGGGCUGGCUUACCCGACUGGCGGAGGGCUGGUGGUGGCCGGACACCAGAUCACUGUCGUCACCAACGGCGCCGGUGGCGAGAGGGAAGAAAAAUACGUGGUAGGCACAACGACGGGAGGCAACCUCGUAUCCAUACAAGAGGAAGACGCGCCCUCUAGCGUCGUGCUGCACCAGCACUCGCCGUACUACGCUGAUGGUGUUGAUAUGUGGUCUAGGGGCUCCUACGGUGGCGGCGGAGGCGACGACGUCGGCGGCGAGCUCGUCAUAGAGGACUCGUCCGACGAACCCGCGCACAAGCGGCCCCGGCACCACGACAUGUCCGAGCUAGAAGACCGCCGCUCGUAUUGACGGCCCGCGUCGUAUUCAGUACGCGCGCGUGACGCACGCGACGCUAAUGACGCACGUGUCAAUGACGCACGUGACGUAAAGAUGACGCACGCGCGAAGGGCAACGCGUGCCAAUCGCGCGACGAGGUAAAGCGUAUACUUACACACCCUCUGUUUCUAUAAGUCUGUAAACAAUACUCUGUUCUCACUUCUAUAACCUUUCAAUCGACUGGAAUUUACGGCCAGUUUCAAUAACCAAACUCCAGUAAGAUAAAGGCCGCUAAGAGCUUUAUUGCUCAAAUAUUUUCAUAAUUUAGAUUAUAGUACCAUCUGUUGCUAAGAAACGGAACCAGAUUAUUCUUGCCUUUUGCUGGAGGUUGAUUUAUUGAAACUGGCUGUUAUAGGCCAUUUGCAUUUUCUUAAGUCAAAUUAAGGUUCAACCCUGUUUAACACACAUCGGUCUAUCUAAAACAAAAUUUUAAAAUAAAGAUUCCAUCUCAAAGUCAAAUAAAGAUAGAAUGAGGCUUAAACAUGAUUAGCUUUUCAAUUUGAUUUAAGAACUUAUCGAUAAUUAUAAAUAUAGAGGUGUCUCUUUCUCGACUGUAUACAGGGUGAUUUUAAACGUGUCUUCAGUUCGUGGAACCGAAUUAGUGCACGUAUUGCUCUACAAGUAAAUUAUAAAUAAAACAAAACUUUUGAGGCUGAGACAAAUAUUAUUUAAAUAUUCGGCUAAGUUUUUAGAGCUGCUUACUUAGAUAAUCGAAAUUUUAUUGAUUUCAUGUGUAAAUCGAUAUAUACUUUUCUCGCAACAAUGUAAACGUUCAGAAGAGAUGUUAAAAAAGUUACAUAUUUAGCUUAUCAACAGGCUGGUUGGUUAAUCUAAACAUGUUGACGUAAUUAGUGAUUCUUGAAUAUGAAGAUUCAUGCAUGAAGAGCAACAUUUGAUUAUAACGUAGAUAGAAAGAUAGAACAAAAAGAGGCAUGCUGUAUUUGACACAAGUACAGAAAAUCAAAACUUGUAUUAGUUUAUUUAAGCACAUAUUACGCUAUAUUAGCGUAUAAACAUGCUGUAUUUAAAAUGAUAAAGAUAGAGAUUUUAUAAAAAAAUCCUAUGAUGCGACAUGUUGAUUUGUGUAAAAACAACUGGAAAAUCUGGUUUGGAGAUUAAUUCGUUGAGCUUGUAAUGGUGAGUUUUAUAGAAGUUUACAAGUUCUAAUAAUACUCUAAUUAGAAAACUUACUAGUGCUUAAAGAUAGAAUCGGUGAUCUAUGACUGAUCAGACGACAAUUUUGCCCUUCAAUCUAUGCCGAAAUUGGUAUCUUUGAGGAAUGUCUAUGUACGGGGAUAUUGGUGUAUUUAUAUUAAAUUUAACUUUAAUCUUUUAAACUCAAAACUGCCAUGGCCUAUAGGGUAGGAAGUAACCUGAAGUGUGAUGCAUUUCAAACACAGUAUCUUCAAUGAAGUUUGCACAUUACUAGCUCAACAAAAUGUCUGUAAAAUUAAGGUUCCCUUUGCUAUAUAAAUACUUAUAUUACAUAAAAUUAAACGAUUUAAUUGUUUGCGUUAUAGUUUCAUAAUAAUAUAUGAAAAUACAUUAUUUAACAAAUUGUUACUUUCCAUGUCAAAUACUUGGUUUUGUAAACAGCUGUGUUAUAUUAAUGUAAGCUUGUUUGCCUGUUGAUUUAUGAAUUAUGUGCAUUGUAAAAUAUAUUACACUAUAUAAUUUAGACAGCAUUGAAAGACGAAACAUUAGGGAAAACGGCUAUGUACUCUAGGUAUAAAUAAAUGAUACACAGAUAUCUAUCGUAUUUUAGUAUUUAAUGGAUAUAUAAACAAUAACUUUGUGCAUUUAUGGAAACAGAGGGUUCGCAAGCGUUCACGGUAGUUGUCUUAGCAAUAAUUGGAUAAGGGUGAAUUGGACACAUUGAUCGGACAAUGCGGAAGUUUCAAACGGUACGAUGCGAAAUUAGACUAGAAUGUGCUAAGAAUAAAGUGUUAUUUUGAGUGGUACCAUUUAAGUUUUACUCUAAGUUAUGCUGUAGGAUGUAUGUUCAUUUCGUUUUUAUUUUUUAAAUGUUUCUUUCUUGUUCGCUUAGCCGGCCUCGAGCUUUAAGGACUCAGUAGAGCGCGUCUAACCGUACGGUUUGACGUUUAAAUGUCACUAUGACAGAUUGUUUUUUUUUUCUAUUUUCGUGCGCAGUGCAACAGUGACAAUUCACGGUCAGCCACAGAAAUAUUAUAAUUAUAUAAAUAUAUAUCUCCAAUCGGUACUGCCAAGUGAAAAUGUAAUGGUAGGUAGUAUUAAAAUUUAGAAAGCUGACUUUGACAUUUCUUUUGAUGAACUUAUAAGUGCAAUGAAUAUAAUGUAAGUUUAGUUAAAAUAAAAAUAUGUAACCAACCAUUGUUACUUAUUUUACUAGACUACUUAAAUGACGUGAUGAAUUUGCAAUUCAUUAGUUUUUCCUGCGAGCGUUUAUCUGUGUAAAUAAUUGUAGACCAGUAGACCAGAAAUUUAUUAGAAUCCAGUGGAAUACAGUUUAGGUGCGUUGUCGCAUUUUUGACUCGCUUAUAAUGAGUGCGAUCGAAAUUGAAUUUCGGUUUGACUCUCAGGGAACACGACUGAUAUUGUUAACAGUCGUAGUGAAAUAUCGACUUCGGUUCGAAAAUAAAUAAAUAUGGCCCACUUGCACCAGCUAAAUCUCGAUUUAACUAAAUUUAGAUUUAAACCAUACAAAAAUGUCAAUAUGUCGAAGACAUCUUGUCAUUUUUGAAUGGGCCAAAUCUAAUUUUAGUUGCAUCUACAUUAGCAAAAUUGGUGCAAGUGGGCUUAAGUGACCUUGUAUCUUGAUAAAUGAAUUUGGAAGUAUCAUUGACUUGCUUAGAGUUUGAUGUCGUAUGUGUCGUAAGUUAAAUUCUCUGAAAACAUUUUUUACUGAUUUUGAUCCUAAAGUUUAUAGUCUGUGCGGAAAUAGAAUGGGCGUGGCGAAAAACGGAGCUAACAUUAAGAUUUUUAUUUGGAAAUCAAACCCAGCGAUCUGUAAAACGUCAAAGUUUUGUAUUGAUACGGAUUUGUUUGUUGUUGUGAUUUUCUAGCUUUUUGUAUUUAAUCGUGUCUAAAAGGGGUAAAACCUUACAAAUACGGUAGAAAAGCACUACAGCGCCCUCCAAUCUAAAUCCCAUUCUCUUUCCGCACAGACUGUACGAAAGUCUGCAAUUCAAAGAGUGUUAUAUAAAAAUUGCGCGCUAAAAAAACUUUUCCUUUUAUCAUGAAGAGGGUAAUUUAUAGAAUGAGAGAGAUAGCGUUAGCGCUAGUUUUCUCUCUCUUUAGAACGCCGAUACUAUUAAAAAGAUACAAAACUACUUAGAAAUUGCUGAGGAAACGGUAUAGUUGCGGUUAUUCAAUUAGGCAAAGUAUUCACGGGUUAUUUCUCGCACCCGACCGCAGAGCUGUUUUAUUCCGAUGAUCGUCCGAAAUCGCGUUAAUCGCGCCGUCAAAACAUGCGUUUGGGUUUUACUUGACGACUUCCGUAGCCGAGUUGUUUGUACGCCGGGUUUCAUGUUAUCGCCGACUCGAGAGGUCCCGGGUUCGAAUCCCGGUGGGGGCAGAUGUUUGUGUGACGAAUACGAGCAUUUGUACUCCAGUCAUGGAUGUUUAAUAUGUAUUUCUAUAUAAAUAUAGUUAUAUAUGUACAGUUUAUGUAUUCUAUCCGUUACCCUAGCAUCCCAUAACACAAGCCUUACAGUGCUUAUUUUGGGGCUUGGCUAAUUGGUGUGAGUGUUGGAAAUAUUUAUUUAUUAUUAUUAUUUACUUUACGCAGCCGCGGCGGGCGCGGGCGGAAAUCUCCCCGUGAGUUCUUAGCCUAACACUGGUAACUAAAAUUUGGAGGAACUUACAAUGCUGUUUUUUUUCCAUUAUACGGUAUUUGAUAAGAAUAUUAGACGCAAUCACGUAAUUUCUAAUAAACGCAUUUAACGAAUUUAUUCCGGGUACAACAAACAAAGAAGACCGUUUUAUGCGCUUCGACCGUUUUUAGUGAAUUGUAUAAAGAUUUAUAUGUAGAGUGAUUGCAAUGAUUUCUCUCGAAUGUGGUUACGCAAAUUGGAGAUCUACCACAACACAGGUGGAGCAGAAAUGUUGGGUAGUUUUUAAAAGUAAAGAUUCAGUCCUUUUGUAGCCCCCAGCCCAUUUACGCUAUAAAAUUAUAACAAUUUCAAUGUCUGUGCGAGAAUACAAGCACAACUUUGUCAUUAUCGUGGUGUCAGGAAGGUGACAUCGUCAUUAGCCUAUUAAUGACCGCACUGCUGCAGCGCAGGCCUUCCCUCUGGAUGGAAUAAAAUAGAAUGGGCCAUGAAAUGUCACGCGGGAACCAAUACGCAUAGUGCAAACGGCUGCAGCCGAGACCAACGGCUUAACAUUAUUUCGGAAGCACGGAGGAGCUCGAGAUUUUGUUCACCCAUCUUAUGACUGGCCAUUGUGAAAGUUACUUUUUCUUCACGAUCGUAGACCGAACGCGCUAACCUCUGCUAUCGAGCUCCACAUGAUAAGAGGCGACUGAAGAGUGAUUGACUUUUUGUUCGUCUAUUUUCGCCACGUAAUGAGGGUAUUCAGGAAUGACGGGCGCUAGGUUGCAGCACUGAGGCGAAAGGUCUGCUCAACCGUCAAAUCGCAUAAGUCUUCAUAGUCUAUGGAUCAAUUUAAAUGUUUGGUCCAUUAAUUUACGCGAAAAACUUGAUACAAAGUACCUCACGUCACAGUGGUGCCAGCUAAUGUCGUGAAUUUUCGCAAACACCCUCAUCAAACGUCGGUCGUCGGUCGGUCAAACGGUCGCAAAUCGUUUGCAAGUUAUAUCAUUAUAUAGGUUUGAGGGAUAGAAACGACAACAUGGUUUCCCAGUUUCUUAAAAUACCUACUCAAGUAUUGACCGUCAUCGUCAAUCGACCAAUUAUUGUUGUUUUUGUGUGGUCGAAUGCAAUUUGCCGAAUUAAAUUUGUAUGAUUGAUAAAUAACAUUUUGUAAAAAAAUAAUAAUAGCAAGAGUUAUUCCAAAUUCUUCUGAACACUCGUUACCUGAUGUUUUACUAAAGUCUUGCACAAUUUUGUAUUCUACAAAAUAAUCGUUUUGAUGUACCGAAUAAUUUCGGUGAAGUGAUUGCAUGAUUUUUUAAUAGUUAUCAAUCACACUGAAUGCUUUUUCUGGUGUUGAACCCUGCAUGGAUGCGGUUCACGUGAAUCGUGCCUUACUGGUAGAGCACACACGCUGUUACAUAAGUAAAAGACAAAAAUUCUUAGCUAGUAAAUUAUAAACAGAUCGUUUUGAUCCCUAACACGAUUACUAUAAAGUCCAUUUUCGCAAAUAUCAUAUCCAGUGUCUUUAUAUUGAGUAUAGUAGUUGAAACACUGAAAAUUGAACUUUAAGGUGAACUCUAUAAGAUUCACGACGCAGUUCGUUUGACAGGUGUCAACUGAACCUUUCUUUGGUUGAAUGUAAGUAAGUUCGUUGCUUUAAUGAUAUAGUUCCUUUGUUUGUCACCGACAUUUAGCAGUUAUUAAGUAGUGGAAUGCUCAACUGUGGUAGAAGAGAACUUGGACUACUUUCUUGGGGUUAAAUUUUGUCUGCAUUUAAUAAAAUAAACUAUUUAAAAAUUAUGAAUGAACAUAGUAUGGAAUCGAGUGUCAAUAAUAUUUAUGUCAAAUUAACAAGAUGCAAAUAAAGGGCACUGGUAAAUCGUUGACGUAAUUUUUUUUUUAUGUUAUAGCAUUUAAAUUACUGUUCAAUUUAUAGACUGAAAAUGUUGAAUGCAAUUGUACCUAACUUUGCAACUUGCAGCGGCAAACUUCUGUAGCAAAACCCAUAGACAAGUAAACUUGCGCAGUAGACGUUUUUCUAUGUGAGGCUUUCUUGUCUAUGGUCGUUGCUCAAGAAGUUUGCCAAAGUGUAUACCAACUUAAAUUUUCAUAAACACAAUUGAAACUAACCUUACGGUAAUGUCGAGUUCAAUUUAAUUAGGAAUAUCAUUUAAUUUUUGAAGUUGGUAAUAAUUUAUUGUUUUUGAAGUGAUAACUUCUUAUGGGAGCAUAAACCGCUUCGUUACGUAACGCGUUACGGCGCCAGUCUGUCUGGAUUCCCUUCCUCACGAAUACUGCAGCGGUAGGCAGACUCCUUCUCUCUCACUCUAAUCCGCAUCGCCGCUUAGAUUACUUUACGAUGUCGCUUCUGUUGUGCGUCCCGAGACGCGCACACAUAUUUUUUUUUAUAGUUUUCUUUCAAGUAGCCCUGAGAAAGUCGUCCUAGAGACUAGGAUUUUUUAUUAUACAUGGUGUAGAAAAACCUAUAACGAAGUCGAAGGCCACGUAUUUUCCACAUCAUGACGAUCAUUUUUUUCUUCUGGACCAUACCUGGGAAAUUUAUGGUUAUGGAGAUCUUGAAGGUCAAAGCCAAAAUAUUUUUUUCAAGAUUUAUACAUUAAUAUUUUCAAAACGUUAUUUACAAACUUUUUUAUCGACGCACUUACACACACGCACACUUAUACACACAGGCACAUUCUUUGCGUAGCGCCACAGUAGCGCGCCGCGCUAUACAUUGCGUACUGGAAAAAAAAUUUUUUUUUCACUUAAAAAAAACAAAAUUUUCCCACUUACAAUAUUUUGUUAUAUGACUUGUUUGGGUGUACAGAAUGCGUAGUUUAAGUCUUUGUCAUAGGUUUUUUUACACCCUGUAUAUUUAUUUAUUAUUUAAGGAAUCAGGAGACACCACUGCAUAAAUUUACAACACAUUUUUAUUGGCUUGCAUCUCUACUAAAUUAUAACUUUUGAUAGAAAACUUGUUCAAAAGGAAAAUUAUCCUCCUUUUUUCCACGAAAUGGAACUCCAUUUCGGACGUGUACAAUACUUCUGUAAUAUUCCUAUUUUAUUCUAGAUGGUAUACAAAAUAUAAAAUGGCCGAGUAUGGUUUACGCAUGUCUUUUGGAAAAUACUAAUUGGACUUUAGCGGAGAAAAUAAGAUUUAACAAUAUUUGGAACUCUUCUAACAGGAAGAUCACUUUGCAAAUACGGACUUUUCGAAAACAUUAUUUGUCUUCGUCAAAUUGAAAGAAAGAACUAUAGUGAUCUAGAGCUUCAAAAACUGCUGCGUUCAAAACUGCAUAAAAUUUUAUAACAAAUAAGGCUAUUUAUGAGUAUAGAAGAAAAAGAUUUCUAGAAAAUGCUGUAUUUAUGGAAGAAACUCUAAGCACAUGCCUUGUGGGUACGUCAUUAGCUAGUAAGUUGGAUUUUAAGCUUUAUUUAUACAAUGUUGUAUCGAUCAAAUAUGUUGGACACUUAUUAAAAACUGGCUUGAGGAGAUUAUAUUAUUUUACCUAAUGAAAUUCAGACAUUUUAAUUACAUUACAUUCAUAAUUGUGGUUUCUGAAUUGAUAAAACUUAGAAGAAGAAGGAUUUAGUUGACAUUUUUUUUUUAAGAUUUUGAAUAAACCUAACAUUUGACAAGCCAGCAAUAAUUAGCUGUUUUUAAACCCUUGUGAUUUAGUUAAGAGUCCACUUUCACUUAACAUUAACUCGGUUUAGGUGUACAAAAAAAUAUUAUUAUUAUAUACAUAAUUAUCUAUAUAGAAAUACAAUAAUAAUAAUUAAUGAAAGAAAGUGUAAACUAAUACGUUUAACUUGUAGUAACGCUAUGUUAUAUACAUACAUUUCUAGACACUUCUAUCGGCCCACCUAAGGCAAAUCGCUCUGUAGCAAAAAUAUAUGUUAUACUGAGCAAUAAUAAUAAAUAAAAAAAACGCGAGUUGUUGACGGGAUUUCAUCGAGUGCGGUUGGCGUCCUAUUUUAAUUAUUCUUAAAUUCGUUCAUAGUAGACAUUGUGAAAUAAAAUUGGUGUGAUUUUGUGUUAUAACCGUCUGCGCAACUGAAGAAUUAGUGGAAUAUUUAAAAUGUACGCUAUUCCGGUCAAGUGGACGUGAGAACUUUAUUGUAGUGUUGACUACCUCACAGAAGCUUAUCGGAAAAGCCAACUCGAUACAUUUCGUGCCAAACAGUCCCAAGAAACAUUAGAAUGCUUCACACCGACAUUCUAAUGUAAAAAAAAGAAGAAUAAUAAAUCUGAAGACUAGGCUGUAUGGGCAUUGUUCCCUUUGCCUAUCUAAAAAAACAAAAUAGAUGGAUAAUAAAUCAGCUUCAAAUUUGCGUAAAAACUUUUUGCUCAAUGUAACUUUAAUUUUCGCUAGGGCCCGUCAAAACAAAACUUAAGAAGCUAGGUGUGCCGAUAGGUGUGUCUGGGAGUUAUAGUUCAGUGAACACGAAGCUCGUAGUGUGUACUUUAGCAUUUAAACAUUUAUUAUUGUAUUUGUAUUGAAUUUGUGAGAGGCUUUUAGUUUCAGUCUGGGUUUUGCUCCUUCAUAAUGGGCUUGUUGAAGUUUGAAGAAAUAUCCUUUGUUCGCAAUUGAAACGCAUCAGAUACCUAGGAAUAGAAUUCUAAUGUAACAAUACAGACAAGAAAUAAUCUGGUAUUUUCGUUAAAGUCCGGUAAAAAUUUCGAAUCGAGUCGCCUUUUUAGGGGUAGUGGGGGGUAGGGGGGGGGGGGGGGGUUGGUUGAGGUGGUUGGUAGUCACCCCCCAUAAAUUUCGGGUGCCGGAUAUGCGUAGUUUUUUUAUAACUUUGACGCUGUCAAAUGUCAAAACUACAAUCAAAAUGGCGGAUUGGCGUUUCGUUUCAUGCGUUUUUGUACUUCAAAAGUUUUAAAAUCAUAACCUAAAAUAGAAACUACGUUUUGAUUCACGCAAUCACAGUACGUCAAAUAUGAACUUUAAAAAAUAAUUAAAAAUAUUUAAAGGCGAUCGACAGCCGAAAUUGUUUUAGGGUGAUCUUAUGGAGCUUCCUUGAGCCCUCUACAUAUUCAGUUUCCUCAGAUUCAGGCGACUCGAUUCGAAGUCCAACCCUAAAGUCCUAUUAAUAAUACAUUAUCCAGUCCUGUAAUUUACAUAAAACUAAGUUAAAAAAAUGAUUUUUUUGUUACAAUAAACACGAGCUUUUCUUUGUAGCACUUAAUAAAUAAAUUUUGGGAAGACAUUCUUAUUUUAUUUGUUAGGAUCAAAUCGUUUAUUGGGUAUAUAAGGCAAAAUACUGAUUUUAUCAUUUGUCAAGCUAUAAUUUACGCUCCUGCCACUUUCCAUAAAUAUAUUUUAAUUAAUGUAUAAAUUUCAAUCGAUUCAGGUUUUCUUCAACUUCAACAAUUUAAAAUAAUAUUUUUAUGUAUGUAUAGUAUACCCAUGUAAAAAUAUAUGCUUACAUAUUUUUAUGUUUAACGGAAGUGUCACUCAUGUCUUGUCUCUUAGAAAACCGAUACCUUCUAUACAAGAGAGAACAUAAAAUUUGUAUGUGUAUCGAAGGAACAACCAUUCUUCACACCUAUUUAAAUAUAAUAUAAAUCUAUGAUAAAGGAGCAUGUGUAUAAAAAAGGAUGUAUAAAAUAUAUCGUGUACAAUUCGAAUGUGCUUAUUGAACACUUCGUGGGAUGCGAUUGAUUCAUUAAUAGAUUAAAAAGCAUUUAAAAUGCUAAUAGGUAGGUAGGUACUUCGUGUCUAAAUAAUGUAAAUUAGUUUUUACGCUAUAAGUACAUAAUUAUAUUUAUAUAAUAACUUUUGUUGUGUAUAUGGCAUACUAUAUAAAAUAGAAUGUGGGAACUGUUCCCUUUCCCGAGAGAUAUUGGUUGUUCCGGAUAUCCGUAUCUGAUUAAUUGACAAAUUUUAAGAAAUAAACGUAUUUUAUCUCCUUUCCAAG